CUAUUAUUUUAGUUUUUAAAUAGACUCCACUGGGUAUUGUUUUAAUGUUUUUAAGAAUUAAAUUUAUUUUUACUUAACAGUUCGGUAAUAAUUUGUUCUCGGAAAAUUAAAAGAAACUAUUAAAUUACAUAAUGUUUAGUGGAAUUUUGUAAAGUGUAUCAAAACUCUAUAUAGUCUUCAGCUCAUAAACGACAGAUUGUCUACGUACAAUGAGACCAUGGUUUGGUCUGUUGUGCCUAAGCAUUGUCACCUUGUGCGUGGGACAUCGUCAGCGUCCAAUAUAUAUGAAUCAAUUCGCCGUGCACAUACCAAAAGGCUCUGGUCAGGCUGAACAAAUUGCAGCUAAACAUGGUUUCAACAACAUAGGACAAAUUGGCAGUCUGAAGGGUUUUUACCUCUUCGAACACAAACACGUGCAUAAACGGUCAAUGGAAACCAGCGAUGAACAUCAUAAGAAACUCAUAGACGAACCCGACGUGCAUUGGGUUCAACAACAACAUGAAAAGAAGAGGCGAAAACGGGAUUUUCCUGGGCCUAAUUUACCUGCUACUGUAUUUGCUGGUUCCACCGAUUUUUUCCAGCAACAAACAUCAGGUGGACCAUUAUCACCACUUACACAAGGACAAGCAUUCAGACGUAUUGGUAAUUCUGUCCAUAACGUAUUUCCCGAUCCACUUUUUAAAGAACAAUGGUACCUGAAUGGUGGUGCUCUGGAUGGUUUCGACAUGAAUAUGGGUCCAGCUUGGCAAAAAGGGUAUACCGGAAAAAACGUGGUCGUCUCAAUACUUGACGACGGUAUACAGACCAAUCAUCCUGAUUUGGCACACAAUUACGGCCGUCACGGRAAAGGAUCUAUAUUCGUUUGGGCAUCUGGCAAUGGUGGGCGGCAUACUGAUUCUUGCAAUUGUGACGGAUACACAAACAGCAUUUUUACAUUGUCAAUAUCCAGCGCCACACAAGGAGGGUAA